AUGGAUGAGCACCUAGAUGUAUCUGAAAGGUGUAUUCGUGACAUCGGGAAACAUCUCGAAGAAACUGUUCUUUCAAAAUUACAUGAUAAUUAUCAGUCUGUCUUAAAGCAGCCGAUCACAAGUGAAGAAGAUGAUAUGGUUCCAGAGCCACAACUAGACACGUUUGUUGUUGCCAAACGUGAGAGAACAACGAGACCUUUGAAACUUGAUGGCUGUAGGCAAUCUGCAGGCUUUGACAGCAGGGAUGACCACUUUCAAAUGGUACCGGGAGAUCUAUGCAUUUUACGUUACAGGCCAUUUGAAGAGGAGCUGAUGAGUGGAAAUAUCAGUUUAGUUUGA